GUGGAACCGCAACACAGAUACAAAGCCGCGGGUGAAGACACCGAAAGUUUCUGCCGUGCGGUUAGAAUUUUGUAACAAGCUUGGUUUUCUUUACGAGAUCGUUAACAGGCAUGAAAAAUACGGCUUUCGCAGUUUUCAUUUUCGCAUCUUUUUUCUUUUUUCUUCGUUGGGGAAUUAUUGAAGGUAAGCCAGAAACAAUAGAAUAUGCGUUAAACCUCCACUUUGCCUUUGAUCUGUGAUGUGUAAUUUGUGAUUAUGAGGCCUCAAUUUUAACCAGGCUUCAUCAACGUUAUUUUCACAAAAGAAAUGAAAUUAAUUUCAAGGCAAAUUUUUCAUCCAGUAGCCAUAAUUGUAGUCUAACUGCAACAUUAUUGAUUGUAGAAGUAACGUCAAUGUUUGCUUAACCUUGAAACAAUAAUUUUGUCCUCUUUCCCAUGUAGUUCAUUAUUUUCUUUGCCGCUUGACAUAAAUGACAGGGGAUGUUAAUAACAUUUUACACGCCUCUGAAACGAUAGAUAAUAAAAAUCAGGGCCGUAUGUUUGACGCAUCUUUCUCUUUUUCCCUUGUAUAAAACAACCAUUCGAUGAAAUAACAAAUUGUAGGUACGUUUUGCAAUCAUCAAUCGCACCUCUUGCAUAUGCAAGCACCCAGUCUUUCACUGUGAUGAACGAAUGAAUGAGUAAAUUUUAUAGAAAAACGGAAAAACUGAUAAUUAUAUAUAAAAAUUCAGCCUUCUCUGUAAACGAUGAAUUUUGAAAAAAAUUAAAUAAUGUAGUAAAACAGUCGGACAAAAUCAAAGGUUGAAUCUGUGCUUAAUUUCCUUUGUCUUUCGUUUAUGAAUUUUACUUACUCUGCUAUCCCUGGAGGAAAAUCUGUUUUAGGAAAUAUCGCUUCGAAUAUAACUUGUCUUAUGCUGAUGAAUAUUGUUCUGUGAUUGAUUAACGUAAUAGGGAUUUUCUAGGCGUUUGAAUAUUUUUUCUUCUUGUUUAUAUCCUUCAUAUUCAACAUUUAACGCUAAAAAAACGGUUUGCAUUCAUUCUCAGGGCUUGCUGAUGACGUAGAGAGCUGUCAUGAAUAUAUCAAAAUAGGUUGCUAUAGAGACAGUCUGAGGAAGCCACGCCCAUUACCAACAUUGAUUACGACCUAUCGCUCGGUCUUCAAUUGGUAUUCUCCAAAGGAGUCAAUAAGCAGGUAAAUAAGAAAUAAAAAUGGAGGGCAGGGUAAUUAAUAGAGUGGCAUUAAUAGUAUCGAGGUUUAACUGAAAACCAAAGAUAGAAAAUUUCUUGAAGUCCUUGCAGGGACCUGACGCGUGUAAUCUUGUUAUACAGCGAUGAAGGAAAAUAAUGAGAUUGACAUAAAUGACAGAGGAUGUUAAUAACAAUAAAAUAAUGAGACCGAUAUAGCAGAAGGAAAUGAAUUUACGAUAAAACGAACCGUUCCAGUAUUUUUCCCUUUUUACAAUACAUGUACACUGACUUCCGUUUUUAUCAUCUCAACUCCUCAGUUGAGGGAGGGCUUGCUACGCAUCACUAUUCAGGAUUCGCUUACACCGGCCUCGCUUUCGUCUUUGAAAGCAAUGCUUUGCAAUGCAGACUCUUCGAUAUAUAGAGCGUAUUUUAUCCUAAGCCAUACCUGCUCAACGUUAAUUUAUAUUGAAAAGAGUUCAACCUCUUCAGGACUGUUUUAACACACAUUAUGGGCGAUGUCCAUUUUUUGGUCAAUCUCAAACAAGUCGAUUUUGUCAUUUAUUCUAAAACAAGUUUGCCGAUAAAUCCGACUCUAACAUCAAAAGAAAAUUCGCGUGUCGAUCUAUCAAAAAUUGUGAAACCUGUAAGGGAACCUAAUUUUUAGUGCACCUUUAAUUGUAUUUCAGCGGAGUGUCACAGUGCGCCGAUGCAGCUUCUCAGAGAGGCUUUACAAUAUUCGGUCUUCAAUUUUACGGCGAAUGUUGGAGUGGAGAAAAUGCCUCUCUAAUGUAUGCAAGGGAUGGGAAAAGUGACCGGUGUGUUUCGGCAGUUGAUAACGAGUUACAAUUACAACCAUGUAAAGAUGAUUCAAGUGAAGCUUGCACAGGGGCUAGCCAGUCGAAUUAUGUCUACAAAAUCAUUGAUCCAGGUAUGGCAACUUUGUUAUCGUAGUUUAUGCUAGUGAUGACCGAUCAGUAAAAGUGAAUCAGUUAUGUAUUGACCAAGGUAUCGAGAGGGAAUAGUUUUCUGAGAAAAGAGUAAUUGACUGAAUUUUUGGUCGCAGUUAGAUUGGAGUAUCAAAACAAACAAAAAAAGAAACUAUUAAGGUCUAAUUACAAUGAUAAAACUCGAUGUUGAUGUUGACACUAUUGAUUCGAACGCCUUAAAAAGCUGUCAAUAAAUGUAAAACUGACGUACUGAAAGACCCAUGUGAUACCUCAAUACUUGUACAUUACAGUGAAUGGCAAGUUUACUCCCUGGUCCACAUGGGGUCCCUGCAGCAAAAGUUGCGGAGGAGGGGAACAAAAAAGAACAAGAUUAUGCUCAGAUCCUCUGCCGAGCAAAUGUGGAAAUCCUUGCAUCGGUGACGUUGAGGAAACAACCAGUUGUAACACUCAUUCUUGUCCUGGUAAGACUGAAGAUCCCGCUAUGUGAUUCAUUUCAUUUCACCUCAUUAUUUUGAGUCAGGGAACAGUAAUUAUUUGUCACCUUGAGGGGUGGAGGAGUGGGGGGAUCACAAGAUUUUAAGGGGGACAGAGGGGGAAUCAGCUGUCACCAGGGUGAUUAUAGACAAUGGACUCAGUGUCAAUUUAUUGCCAAGAGGGGGGCGGUCAAAGCAUAUUACAGAGCCUUGUGGGAGAAUCGGGUAGAUUUUUUCGUGGUACAAUCAAAAACCUCCGGCCCGACUGGCCCCUUAAUUCUUUAAUUUAACCUGAUUUCUGAGCCAGUGAACUGGUUCUCCAAUGUUUGUGUACUUAGCCUCGUUAGAGGAAAAAAGGAUAACUGUAUUGGAGGUGUUCUACUUGAAUUUUAUUAUGCACGGUGUUUUUGGCGUCCGCACACAGUUCACAAUGACAGUAAUUUGUUUUCAUUUUUAUCUCUUUCUUUAAGCACCUUGUCUGGACGUGAGUUCUUCAUGUGAAAGGUACAUAGAUCUUGGACUUUGUAGCUUUCCUGAAGUCCUCAAAAUUUGCCGAAAGUCUUGCGGAAGAUGCUGAGAUAAAAUUUAUCCCGGCAAAAAAUGAACGGGUAAUUUAUUUUUGUGACUGAUUUAAUUCGUUUUUUUUUUUAAUUUUUACUUAACUGUCGUCUUAGUUGUCACACACACCCUUUAACCCUUUACUCCCCAGCAUCAGUGUGCAUAUUCUCCAUACAGUUCCCUAUACGUUUACUUAUGUAGUGACAAGGAGAAUUUGUUUUAUAAUUAAGAGUCCCCUUAUCUGGUGAUCAUUUCCUAUAUUCUCGUGACCUAAAUGUGUGAUUCAAGGGUAAUACUUUAGGGAGAAUUGAGAUGGUAGUCAGGGUUAAAGGGUUAUGUUUGAGAUAUGAGUGUCUUUUUAAUGAAUGCAUUUUAGGUCAGCCCUCCCGUUGAAGAAUGUGCAUGGUGUUUAGUGUAAAAGAAUCGAUGAUGUUAUGGUUUGGUGAGGUUCCAGUGACGCUGGAGAGUGGAAGAGCGUGUAUCGAUCUAAUUUAUUUAGCACAACUUUGGAAAUAUCUGUAAUACAUUACAAUUGUUAAUAAAGUAACCAGG